AGCAGAAGCUCCCCAGUGACAGCGCUUUGCAAUCGGCCUCUUUCUACGUAGCCGUGACGCAUUCUUCCCGCGACGCGUACUGAAAUUGUUUUUUCAAAUCGUGCUCAAGAGAAGAAACUAUUGGCUGUCUUACAGAAGGUCGUCUUACUUAGCCCUCAUCUUUGAUCUGGGUUACUGGCCAUGGUGUAAAAAUAGAAUAGGAUAUAUGCUUGCAACCAUUAAAACGUUGUAAUAUUGUUAUCCUCUUGUCUCGACUAUAUGGUUGGAUAUACUUGUCGAAAGAAUACCCUUAUUGUCGAGGAAAAAAGAGGGGGGUAUAAAUAGCCUAAACAAGGAAGUUUGUGGACUACAAUUUAGCGGAGUGCUUGCGUGAGGGCGACGGUAACAGAAGCAGGGGUCCUUGGGAAUGGGGUAGGGGGAACCUGAACAGUGAGUCAUGGUUCACAGCGGUGCCAAUGCCCCUCUCAUGCCCACAACUCCGUCCGCUUCACCUCUUCUGGCAGUCAGUGCACAGCCUCUACAUUCAACUCACACAGAUGAAGGCCUCACAGAGCCCUCCGGCGAUCUGAUAACCUCAAGCUCAGACGCCACCGAGGCUCCUCAGGUCAAACCGGCCCCCAAUGACCAUCCAGAGUCAGGUCCAGGAUCAGCUCUGAGCCCCGACCAGUUCCAGGCUGCCGGGAACGGACGAUCUUCAGGCAGGAAGCGGACCCCGAAGGCCUGUGACUGCUGCGGUCCCAACGGCAAAGGACACAAUGUCACGCCCACGCCAAGCAGGGGAGGGCGGGGUCGCGGGCGGCCCAGAGGAAGGGGUCGGGGCAGGCCCAGAGGCAGGGGGAGCUACAACGGGGACACCCCCAAAGGCACGGGGAGGGGUCAUCUGACAAGGAUUAAGACUUUUGAACUGAAUGAUGAUGAUGAGGAUGAUGAUGAGGACGAGGACAGUGAUAAAUAUGAUGUGGCUGAAGGGACCGGGGUCGACGGCCAGUCGGACACUUAUUUAUUAGAUCUGCCAGGUGAAAGCGUUUGGCAGGAUGGACCAAUGAAAAGCCUUGUCUCCAAAGAGAUUAGGAGUGACUCCCAAGAGAAAGGGUCGGCCCUGGUGGUGCGGGGGGGCCGAGGUCAGCGAAGGGGGAGGGGAGCGGCUGGCCUGAGAGGAGCCAGGGGUAGGGGGGCAGUAGGGAGGAGGGGGAGAGGUGCCAGCGUCGGCAGGACGUUGGAGAAUACAGGGAACAUCGAAGGAGGUCGAGGAGGAGGAGGCGGGGAGCUGGAGGGCAGUGGGGUGGUCAUCGCGGGAGCAGCUUGUGUUGCUGCCCAGAAGGUCUUUGCUCCUGCUGGAGCGGACGGCCCGGCCAGCCCUGGAUCCACGGCCGUGCGCCAGGUGCCCGAGGAGAUGGAGCAGGGGGAGAGCCCCGCGUCAGACCUACUUCCCUCUAGUUCCACAAACGGGAACGGCGUUCAUUUCUCCGAAGAUGGGGAAGCGAGAGAGAGCAAGGCAAACGCGGACGCAGGCACGGACGCAGGCGCGGACGCAGGCUCGCUCGACGGCGGCGUCGGCGCGCCCGAGAAGGGAGCCGCCGCGGCCCCGGCCGUCUCGGAGGGCUCCGCCGCCGCCCCCCCCGGGGACCAGGACUCCGCCAUGCAGGUGGACCCAUCGGCACAAGCCAGCGACCCCACGUCCAGCAGCACGCCGCCGCCACCCCCUGACAGCGACCCGGCGGCGGUGGCGGCGGCGGCGGCGGCGGUGGUGGAGAUGGCGGACCCGGGCGGCAGCCCCGCCCACACAGAGACGCCCGCGUUCCACACGGCCCGGUCGCCGGCGCCUUCGCUGGAGUCCAUCGCCGUGCAGAGCGGCCCCCAUGGCUGGGGUCUGUGGGACCACAGGCAGUACUGUCUGCAGGGCACCUGGGGGCCGGGGGACCAGGUCCCCACGGAGGCGGGUGCGCUGCAGAUCGGACCGCAGACAUCCGAGGCGGACUGCACAGAGCUGCUCACGGAGAUGCUUCACGAGUUCUUGGAGGGCUUCUUCUUGAAGUAUGGGAGCUUCAUUCCUCUUAGCGAGACGGACGUUCUGGAACACCUGAAGACGAAAACCAACAUGGACCUCAGUAAAAGGAAGCUGGACAUUCCGGGGGAGAUAAGACGGUUCAAGGCAGGGCUGGCGUCUGCCCCGGUGGCGGGCUUCAUGGUGACGUAUAACAAGCACACCCUGAGCCUGGAGGACCUGGGUACGCUGGAGGAGCAGAACUGGGUCAACGACCAGGUUAUCAACAUGUAUGGGGAACUCAUUAUGGAAGCCACCCAGAGUAAGGUCCAUUUUUUCAAUAGUUUCUUCCACAAGCAACUUGUUGCCAAGGGCUACGACGGAGUUAAGAGGUGGACCAAAAAAGUAGACCUGUUCUCCAAGUGGUUGCUGUUGGUGCCCAUUCAUCUAGAGAUUCACUGGUCCCUUAUCACCGUCAACACGGCAACCAAAACAAUUAGUUACUAUGACAGCCAGGGUGUCGUGUUCAAACACACCAUCGACAACAUUAUGAAGUACCUCCAGUCUGAAGCCCUGGAGAAGAAGCAGACCAACUACCAGAAAGGCUGGAGGAUGCUCAUCAUCCGGGGCAUUCCUCAGCAGAAGAACGACAGCGACUGUGGUGUCUUUGUGUUGGAGUACUGCCGGCGUCUGUCCAUGAAGGAGCCGCUGCACUUCAGUCAGGAGGACAUGCCUCAUAUCCGCAAGAGGAUCUACAAGGAGCUGUGUGAUUACCGACUGAAUGACUGACUACCUGACUGAUUACACUGACUGACUGCCUUCUUUACUUGAUUGCUGAUGGCCUGCCUGAUUGCCUUGUUGGGGUACAACGUUGACUGUCUGUGCAAUGCUGUUUUAAUGACACACCUGUUACACAAGGGACCCGUGUCUGUCUAUUUGUCUGUCUGUCUGUCCGUCUGUCUGUCUCUCACUGACCUGCAGUCGAAUACAACCAUUUCAGGCGGGAACAUCGUCGAUCAGAAUUGGAACCCUAAUAACAAAUUAAUACCAGCCCUGUCCCAACCCUGCUAACCUACAUUUCAACGGGUCGCUGUUCUUUAUUUUUUUUCCGUAAAAUGUGGCAUUCCCUGCCGGUACGAUUAUCAAGGUCUUAUGUGGACGGCGAGGAAGGUGGACCGUCUAAAACAAGAAGGCCACCAAAGGGAAUGCCAGGCCACGACUGAACGGAGGGAACACCGAGCUCCCUAAAUGUUGUGUUCUGAGUAUCCCUGCUAGGAUGACCAGUGCUCUUAUCUAAAGUGGCUUGGAUGAGAUGGAUUGGAUUGGAUCCGAAACCCUUCCAUGGGACUAAGCUCACGUCAUCCUCUCUCUUGACUAAUAGUAUUCACUGAUGACAUUGUUUUUCUUUAGAUGCACUGUGUUGUGCCUGUUUUGUGCCAGGAGAGAAAUAGACCCCCAGCCAACUUCUUUAGCUUCUGUCUGUCGGCCAACAACCAAUAGAACUGCUCUAGAUUUGAACGUGCUGAUUAUAUUAUCCUUGCUUUCUAGCAAGGUAGGACAAGUAACCCAGAAAGGCAAAUCACAAACCGUUGGCUGUUCAAAUUAUGGUUUACGUUCGAAACACACCUCUGUUCAUUUCUAAUUUUAUAAAUGUAAUAUCUUGUUUCCACUCCCCCCCCCUCCUGUUUUGACCUCAUUCAUAUUUGCACAGGCGCUGCAGUGAUAUCUUCUUUUUAAUAUGCGUAGCCUUCUGUCUAGACUUUGAAUACUGUAGAGCUUCCGGAUGAUAAGAGACAUCCACGGCAAGUUUAUAAAUGUUACUGUAAAGUACACUCUUUAGAAAAGGCCCAUGGCAUCAUAUUGGUGCAUUUACACACUGUCCAAAAAGUCAUAUUUUAUUCAUAUUUUUGUUUUUCUGACAAGAGGGAUUUUUAAGUAAGGACCAUGUGAAUCGACUUUCUAUUUCCUCCCCUUGGUUUUAAGUUCAAGUUUUAUUAUAAAUUUGUAUAAAAAUAAAUAAAAGGUUAAAUAAAAACAAACUUAUCAACAUUCCUGCAUAGGGAAGCCAAACAUUGAAUAGGGCUUUUAGCUCAAGAAGUGAAUCAAAAAUGUCUUCUGUCCAGGUUUUUAUUUCGAUGUUUUGCUCACUAAUAUUUGAAUCCACGUUGUAAUUGCUUCGUCAGCCGCUUUCAGGCACACUUUGGCCGUACGCUGCAGUUGUUUCUGGACUGUUAUUAAAUGGGCCAACCCAGAUUGGGUUCUGGCACUCGUCUUGCAAUGAGGAAAAGGUUUGAAUUACUGAUCUGUCUGCCAAAUAGAUUUGUGCCAGCAGAGGGCGCUAAAGGCCUACUCCCUUAUGUCGGCUGCAGAAACCAAGAGGAUAAAUCUUUUCACCUACUGUCAUGGUCACCUUCAGGUGAUAUAUUCGUUGUUAAAGAGCACUAACCAGGCCAGAUGCCUAAUAACCACUGCGUUCAUCUACAUCUAAAAAAGCGAUUGCGCAUCUACUUGCGUCAUAUUUUGUAAUUAGAUUAACUCAUCCCUAGUGCACAUUUAAUACUGUAUAUGCAGAUUUGUUUUAACAAAGGUAAAAGCAGUAGUAAUACAAAGCACAAUAUUUUUGACAUGACUUCAGUCAAACCAUCGUCACAGUUCAUUGAACGUCGAUCUCUUUCAGUUAAUUAUUUAUCGUCAAUCUGGUACAGUAUAGUUUCAAGUUGUCAUGCUUUUAUUUAAAAUGAAACGGAACAGGAAGAGUUGUACAUUCUGCCUUUAUUGGGGUGUGGUUGAGACUGUAUUAUAUAAAAACACUGUCUGGGUGCAGUGAGCCAGACUGUCAUUUGUUUUAAGUGGAUACAAAGACGUGGAUUUUAGCAACCCGGUCAGGUGGCGGACUGAAAGGACAAGGCCUUCACCAACGCUUUAGUGUCUUCUCUGAUAAAUACUUUUUGGAGAAGGGCGAUCCUUGGACCAAUACAAUAAAGCUGGGGGAG